AUGGCCGAUGUUGAUGUGUGUCCAAUUUGUAACAGUACGGUUGAUGACUGGAGCCAUGCACUGAUAAAUUGCAACAUGGUGAAAUGUGUCUGGUCACUCUUGGAGGAGGAUCUGGUCGAGCACGUCAUCGCAUGUAACAUCCCUGAUGCAAAACUUUGGUUGUUGGAGAUGGUGGACUCAACUAAGGAGGAAGAGUUUCUGAAAAUUCUGGUGACAUUGUGGGCCACUUGGUGGGUUCGGCGGAAAGCUAUUCACGAACAAGAAUACCAAUCUCCGCUUUCCACCUAUUGUUUUACUGAGAAAUAUUUGAAUGAUCUGGCUUUGAUCUCGGCCAAGGAAGAGAAGCCACCUGCUGUUGUUCCAUCUAGAAUGGACCUGGGUAGUAGGAGGACUUGGGCACCCCCUGUACGGGGAUGUGCUAAAUUGAUGGUGGACGCAGCAAUUUCAAAAAAUCAUGAAAAGGGAGCCUAUGCAGUUGUUUGCAGGGACGAGAAAGGUGUUUACCAAGGCGCAUCAGCGGUCGUCGUAGAGGACCAGGUAACAGCGGAGAUCCUUGAAGCUUUAGCUCUCGCUUCAGAUCUUAAUCGGACGAAGGUUUAG